AAAGAGAGAGAGACAGAGAGAGAGAGAGACAGAGAGAGAGACAGAGAGAGACAGAGAGAGCGUGAGAGAGAGAGAGACAGAGAGACGGAGAGAGCAUGAGAGAGAGAGAGAGUGAGUGUGUGGUAUACCUCGCUUGAGGAGACCAUGUCCUCUGAGUUGGAGAGCAGUUUGACCUCCAUGGACUGGCUGCCUUGCCUGUCGCUCCCCCGGACAGGAAAGUGUUCCCCCAAGACUCGGAGAGGAGGGACGGGUGGUCAGGGGGUGAAACCCCCUCACAGCUACGCCAGUCUGAUCAGGAUGGCUAUCCAGAGCACUCCGACUGGGAGGAAGACGCUGAGGGAGAUCUAUCAGUGGAUAACCGAGAACUUCCAAUAUUAUCAGCAAUCCACCCAUGGCUGGAAGAACUCUAUCCGGCACAAUCUCUCCAUGAACAAAUGCUUUCGGAAGAUUCCUCGGACAAGGGAGACCCCAGGAAAGGGUUCUUACUGGACGAUAGCAGCGAGUGCCAAAGAGAAACCAGCCCCUCGAGGUGUGAAAAAGCUGCCAAAGGGAGAAAAGUCACCUCAUGAUUUGGGACAUGCAAGGGCCAGCCAGAUCCCAGAUGUAAUAGAGACCUCACAGCUGACGCAUGAUUUGGAGAGUACAGUGGACUGCAGCCAGUUACCUGGGAUUACACAGCUCAAUGUUCCACCACUACAGAAUCCAGGGACACUGGUCCCUGACAUCAAGGUGGUUCCCCCGGAUGCGGGUCUCGCUCAUCCCGGCGUCGGUGUCUCCCGAGAGGAGACUGCCUUCACCUUCCCAGACUUGGAUUUCGGGGACCUGAGCCUAUCGUUCCACAGCCUGUGUCAGUCCAUCAGGUCGUCCAGACAGGGAGGGCCUGGGAGCGUCCCCGGCGAGUGUAGAACCCCCCUCCACACCCCCGUCGUCUCCUGCUCCCCUCUUUCCCGCUCCCCCUUCUCCCUGCUGCACAGCCCCACGCAGCCGACCAGCCGGGGGAGCGAGGCCCAGGACAGGUGUCCAGAGACUCCGAGGAGAGCAACUGGCAACAGCAGGAAAGUUCUGCCCCCGGACUGGUUCACCCGGCUGGACUCUGUCCGAGACGCCCUGGAGAUCGCCGGCCGCAUUGACUGGGCAACACUGGACCUCUCGCUCUUCCCAGGGCUGACCGAGAACCCAGACGGUGAGCACCCACCCCUCGACCAAGCCGGGUUCCAGGACCUCUACGGCUGGCUGGACCGGGCCUUCAGGCUGUGUGGCGUGAUCGAGGCCCAGGUUCCGGGGGACGAUCAUAUGGAGAAGCAGACUGAACGGACACAGCCAGGAAAUGCAGAACUAGCAACAGGGAAUAAAAACGACAUUCCCGAAUUCCUUACCACACACAACAAACUCCCUAUUCCCCGGCAAGGCAGUUCCACUCAGAGGCUGUUCAGCUCCAGCAGUGAGAUCCAGGAUGAAUUUGACUGGGAUUCAAUUGUUUGACUUUUGUUUGUAAUACAUCUCCCUCUGUCUCACUCCAUCUAUGUCUGACUGUGUCUUUGUCUCUUUCUGUCUCUGUCUGUCUCUAACUCUCUAUCUCUCGCUCACUGUCUUUCUCUUUUUAUCUUUUGCUCUGUCUCUCUCU